GCGCAGUACAAGUCUCAAGCGCCAUUUUGUCGUGUGCAAGAAAUUUUGGAGAGUAGACUGAGCACUGGUGUAAAGACCGGUCUGAGUCGUUUAACGUAAAGUAACGCAGUGCAGUUUAUCCGUGAAUUUUUCAGUAAUGUCUGAAAACACGUCGGCUGUAGAUUCGGGUGCCGGAGAGUGUAAUGAAGGCGCCGGCGUUCGAAAACUGUCGGAGUUGCGAGUCAUCGAUCUGAAGGCCGAGCUGAAAAAACGCAACCUGGAUAUAAGUGGGAACAAGAGCAUCCUAUCAGAGCGGUUAAAAAAGGCAAUUGAGGAGGAAGGAGGCAAUCCUGAUGAAAUAGUAGUUCAGCUUGAAAUCACUCCUAAGAAAACUCCUAAGAGAACUCCAAAAGGCAAGAGAGCAGAAGCAGAUGAAUCAGAGGACUGUGUGCUGGAAGAGGAGUCUGUUGAUGGCCAGGACGAUGGCGAUGCACAUGGUGAGAGUGUUCACGAUAUGGACAUCAUGGACAUGAAUGUUCUGGAUGAAGCCGAUAUCGAUAAUAGCAUGAUUGCUGAAGACGACGAAUAUUAUGAGAGCGAUCUUCUGAACACAUUUUCGAAUCAGGCUAAUGCAGAUGACUUUGCAGAUUCUGAUGCACUUAAGUCUGAGUCUGAGGAGGAAAUGGAUACGAAAGAUGCAGACUUAGAAGAUCACCAGAAACACAAUAUUCAGGGAUCUGAGCCACUGGAGGAACAUGAAGAUAUGACAGAAAGUGAGAAAGUAGCCGGGUGUUGUAUAUCAGAGCCACUUAACGAGGAGCUGACUGAAGAGGAGAACGCUUCACUGUGGGAUGGUUCUCGCAAGGAAGAGGAGGACAAUGUGUCAGACCUCGGUAAAGCCGAGGAGGCCAGCAAUGUGGAAGGAGACAUUGACGCCUCAGAGCAAAGCAAAGUCCAACCGCCAUGUGAGGACCAACAAGGCGUUAAGGACAAUUCGCCGGGUGCUGAGAGCGCCUCCGCUCAGGCUGCUAACGCAAAUGAAACGGGCUUGCACAAAAUCGAAAGCGCCGAUUCAGAAAGCGUGGCGAAGGCCGAGGGGACAGAGGAAGACAUGAAGACUGAAGAGAGUGCUGCAGAAUCUUCAGAAGUGAAAGAGUCCUCAGUAGAGGGUGGUGAUCAGAAAAAGAGCAGUGAUGAAAAAUCAUGUAAGCCUGACUCAAAAGAUGACAAAGGCGGUGCUGCCAGUAGUGGAAGGAACCUGUGGGUUAGCGGCCUCUCAUCAACCACCAGAGCGACUGAUCUGAAGAAUCUGUUCAGCAAAUACGGCAAGGUGGUGGGUGCUAAAGUUGUAACGAACGCUCGAAGCCCAGGAGCUCGCUGUUAUGGCUUUGUGACCAUGUGCUCCACAGAGGAGGCCACCAAGUGCAUAGAUCACCUGCACCGGACCGAGCUACACGGCCGCAUGAUCUCCGUAGAGAGGGCAAAGAAUGAGCCAGCUGGGAAGAAACCUACAGACAAAAAUGACACUAAAAAGACAAGCAGUGACAGGAGACACUCCUCAGAGUCCAAGACUGACAAAUCUGAAAACAAGGAUGAGAAAACUGAAGGCUCGGACGAUAAAGCUGCUGGAGAGAGGACCGUUGUCAUGGACAAAUCUAAAGGCGAGCCUGUUAUCAGCGUCAGAACCAAGAGCAAGGAGCGGAGCACUAAGAGUCGUGACCGCAAAUCUUCGAGUCGAGAGAGGAAGGACAUCCUGUCAUUCGAUCAAAUUAAAGAGCAGCGAGAGCGUGAGAGGCAGAGGCAACGCGAGAGAGAGAUCCGAGAGGUGGAGAGACGCAGGCACUCUGGUGGAGACCGUGACAGCCGCAGCGAGCGUGAGCGCAUCCGUCUCUUCCGUGAGCGUGAAGAGCGAGAGAGAUUGAUGCGUAAGCGUAACUGGCUGGAGUUGGAAAAGCAAAGGCUGGAUGCAGAUCGUAUGGAGCGAGAGUUCCUGGAGCGUGAACGCAUGAGAGUGGAGUACGAGCGGCGACGUGAGCAGGAGCGAAUUCACAGAGAGCGUGAGGAGCUGCGUAGGCAACAGGAACAGCUUCGCUAUGAACAGGAUCGCCGUCCGAUCAAGAGACCCUAUGACAUGGACAGCAGGAAAGAUGAUUGGCCAGCAAAGAGGAUGCCCAUGGAUGACCGAUAUGGACGCUCAGAUUUUGGUCGUCAGGAACGCUACCAAGAUUUCGACCACAGAGAUCGUGGCCGCUACCAGGACGACAUGUUCAUGGACAGGAGAGAUGGUCCCAGAGGUGGCAUGCCUGCAGACCGAGACGGCCCGCACUUUUCUGACCGGGACAGGCACAACAGAGACUCUCGGGAUAACUGGAGUGGAGGUGGCUAUGACAAGCGGCCAAUGAAUGGCCCAAGGCCGGUCCCUGGCAGAGAAGGCCGAGACUGGGAGCCUGGGCGUAAGGUGGAGGGAGACAGACCCUGGCAGGGAGCAGAACGGGGCAUGCCAGGCCAGAGUCACAUUACCCGUGGAGGAAUGGCCAGCCGGGGUGGAUACAUGCAGACGGGGACGUCUCAGUCUCUACCCGGAACCAUGAACCGACAGAACCAGAUGAUGCCGGGAGGCAGUGGCGUGCAGGGGGCCGGAGCCUUCGGUCGACGCUACUGAUCCACUUCUCUUUUCUCAGCCUUUUUUUUGUACUUAAUUGUGAUCUCACAGCUUGUAUAUAGCUUCUAAGCUUUGUAAAUUUGUUCUGCUUUUUAAAGAUGCUUUGUUUGCCAUAUAAAGACAAACUAAACAAUUACCAAGUACAGUAUGUCAAGUUUUAUGGUUUUUCUUUUUUUGUCCUCAUGUUUGCAAUUUUUUUUUUUUUUUUAGAAUGUCUUGCUUUUUCUAAUGCUCAGGAAUGUUGUGCAAAGCUGAACUCGUGCUCAGAUAAGGCAAGUUUCAGUGAAGUCUUCACAUUUUUGUUUUAUUUAAAUAGUUACAGACACGAUUUUUCAUUUAAAUUAUGUGGAAUACAACCCUUUUGUAGUGAAGUGAAUUGCAUUUGUAGUGAUGACAGAUGGCGCUGUUGUGUUCUUAUUUCCUCAGGACAACUCCAGUAACACUUCUUACAGUCAUGAUUGUGUAUGUGUGCAUGCUCAGCUUUUUGUCCCUUUGGUUGAUGAGUGAAUAAAGUUGUUUCAUAAAACAUA